CACCUGCACUUGACACUGUAAGCUAGCUAGCGAGCUAGCUUAAAAAUAUAUAAUUCUAAGUUGUUGCUUUUACUAGUUUAGUUCUGUUUCAUAAUAUAAUAAUACAUUAUAUAUCUAUAUAUAUGUUAUAUAAUGAAUAGACAUUUGUGCUUUUGUACAGUAGCUUUUUAAGUCUUUUUUGAGUACAUUAUGACGAAUCUUUCACGCAGCAAAAUGGCCGAAAAUACGUAAUCGUUGGACGUAAUUGUUUAAACUGUGGCACACCAUUAUUUUACAUAAUUUGGCGAAGUACAAUGUUGUUUUUUUACAUAAUUUAGGAAAGUAUCGUUUUUCUUUGAGAAUUCGGCGGCAGGUUAGUCUUUGUGACGUCAUGCUGUCGUUAAUCGCAGCACGUGAAGAAGCUGUAGUAAAGAAUUGACUAAAACCUUUAGACAUUACAGUGUCCACAGUCGGGCCGAGCUAGUAGGACCGCCAUGGAGAAACUCAGGGAAGAGUUUGAGCAGAUCGUCGGCGAGCUGGAGUGGCAGGAUGUCGCCGACACUCUCCAGGAGUUAUGCUCCAAUAUCCUCUGCGACACCACCAAUCCUCCUCACCCGCUUCCUCCUCAUCCUCUUCCCAACCAUCACAUACCACCUCCUCCUCCAUCGGCCGCCUACUCUGGGAGGGCCUUUGACGCCCACGGGGACGUCCGAGGCUUCGCCGGGCGCUUCCCGCUGCGCCCGCCUUUCCUCCCCCACAGCCAAAUAGUGUCGCUUUCCAGUAUGAGCUAUGGGCCGCAGUUCAAUCCGUACCUCAUGCACCCUUUUCACCUCAGCCGCCAGGUGGGGGCUCCUUUCCGUCAGCAAUACGUGCCAUGUCAGAUGCCUCCUCAGGUCAUCCACAGUCAGCCUGCCUACAGCUACCCGCCUGCUCCACCACAGCCGAAAAAAAGUCUGCCAGUGGUUCCCUUGCCCGAAGGCGCAACCUUGCGUGCUGUUGGCAUGCUGAAUGGAGAGGUGUUGUACGCAGCUGUAGAUGCUUCUCAGGGAGCUGCUGCUCCUCCUCCGCCAUCCACAUCCACCUCCUCCCCCAGCCGUAAGAGAAAGUACAAACGGCGGCACAAGCGAGCUUGCGGCAAAAAGCCUCCAAACGCCUUCAUGUGCUUCUUGAGGGAGCAACGUCCGACGCUGAAGGCCCAGAUUGAGGAGAAGGGCGGCGUGGCGGUCAACAAGCUACUGGGACAGCUGUGGGCGUCACUGAGCAAGGAGCAGCGGGCUAAAUACUACGAGCAGGCCUACGCUGAAAAGAAGAUCCACAAAGAAUUGUCCUCUGACUGUUCCAGCAGCAACGAGGAAGGCACCAACAAGAGGAGACGGAACAGCGACACAGCAGCCGCCAGCCUUGCAGCAGCCCGCCAUGGCGUGUGGGACACGCAAGAUGACCCCUCCCCCUCCACUUCCUUCUCCUCCUCCUCGUCCUCCUCGCUCUCCUCGUGGCUGGAGGCCGUUAUCACCACCGAGGCGCACGACUCCCCGGCCGCCAAGUGCCCCAACUCGGGCGAUGAGUCUGACAUUGAAGGAAUGGACGCCCAGCUGCUGCACCUGCUGGGCUGCUGUUAGCCCCGCCUACAGCCUGCAACACACGCACACACGCACACAGUGUUUAUGUUUAUCAGUGUAAAUAGUCCAUAGUGUUAAAUUAUAUUAUUUUAAAAACUAUUUUAAUAUAUUUCCAAGUGUGCUAAUGUAGUCCAAAUAUGGUAACAAAUCUAUGAACAAUUUAUUUCAACUGAUUUUGGUCGAUUGCAAACUUGUUUGCAGUAAAACACCGCCAUCUAGUGCUCAGGAGUCUAAUAACAUGUUUUUCUCUGGGUGGCUUGGUGUGUCGGGCGUCAGGGUUUGCCGAAAGAUGGAGCUCCAGACUUGUUAGUGAUCUAGGUUGCCAUUUAGGAUUUAUUUAUUGAAGGAUUUAUUUUCCAUCGAAGUGGUCAAUCCUCAUCUAACCUUCACAUCAGUCAAAUGAAUUCUUAACAUCUCCUCUCGGGGUUGCUUUGGAAGGCUGGGAAAAUCCAGCCUUCAUUUCCUGUUGAUGCCCGGGUGAGCGUCUGGCUCAGUGAAAAAACAUUGAAGCAGGAUGCUUCACAUGUCGUGCUUUUAUUUUUCCGAAGGUGUUAUGUCAGGAGAUGUGUUUUGGUGGGUCGAUGGUGGCAAUUUGCUGUCAGUUUAACGAGUGUUACUGUAAUGAAGACAUGUAUUCAGUACUGUAGUUCAUAUUGUAAAUAAGAUACAGGUCGAAUGAGCAGCGUGUGCAUAUUUAUAUUUCUAUCGAAACAAACCUUACAAAAUAAUAUGGCAGACUUUUAUGUAUAUCGAACUUAUUUUCUUGUCAUUUUUAGUGAAA